AUGGGUGCAAAUGUGAGACCAACCAACACAUUACCACGUGCACAACGAGAUUUAAAAAUAGUUCGACGUAUAGUUAUACUUGUAAUGAUUCUUGUCACAAUUUGUUUUCCUUAUCAAUUAUUUCUUAGAAUGUCAUUCUGCAAUAGUACACCAAAACAUAAUUUUCGAAUUGCUUUUAUAUUUGGUGAUACAGCAAUGCUAUGUGUAAUCAUGACUUUAUUUCAAUUUACAGAUCCAUUGAAAAUGUCUCUAAUAAAAAUAAUAAAUAGACGAGCAAAUAUGGUCAUAUCUGCUGUAUCAUGA